AUGUGGUGGAAACUGAAAUCGUCAUAUGAAAGUCUACCACAAUCAGAGGGCAAGGCCGGAGGAACGUCAACCUCAGCGCCUUGGUUCACACAUUGCUGGCUUCGAUCAACAGUUUGGCUUGGCUUGACCAACCUGGUCACACUUGCUGUUCUAGUUUACAACCUCUCUCAAAUUAAGUCUCGGACCGUUUUCCUACAGAAGUGCACUGAAAGCCUGUCGACGAUUUCGCCGGCAUUUGAGGCGGUCAAAUACAAAGUACCGGAGCAUUACAACGCUGAGUUCAGGCAGACUAACAAAUGGCGUGGUCCGCCCGGGACGCACUCGAACGAUGUCGAUAUCGCAUGGCACGAGAUUGAACUUGGGGCUGGUGGCAUCCGCGUCACUGCCGAGGAACUAAAAUUGCUCAACAUGACCGACUCGCCGGAAAUGCCAUUCCACAAAGUGCCCGAUGAACAUGGAGGCGGUUACUUGGCAAUGCUCGAAGUCUUCCAUCUCCUUCACUGCUUGAACUCUUUGAGGAUGGGGCUUUUCUAUAAUUAUGAGCACUACAAGUUCUUGGACGAGGGUGUCCCUGAUGAAAACAUCUACAGCCACUUUGACCAUUGCAUCGACAUGCUGAGGAUGAACUUGCAAUGCCAGGGAGAUGUCACGCCGGCCUUGUUCGUAGAUCCCCUCGGUAACCCAAAGCGACGAGACGCUUUACCCAACUGGUCGUCCAUGCACACUUGCAGAGACUUCGAUGCCAUUCUGGACUGGAAUAAGCAUGGCCCAAGGUCGGUGCGGUGGCGCGAUGCCGGUCCCAAUCCAUCUUGGGAUCCCAAUGUCGAGGGAGCGGAGCCGCCAUUUCCGCCAGAAGGAGAGAAGGAAGAGCAUCAACACUCAUGAGCGGCUUCAAUAACGGGACAGUACCAUCAAUCGAUAUGAUUUUGGAAGCUUGCGUUGGGCAUGAUUGUAGUUGAGACCUUCUUCCUAGAUGUGGCCCUCCAACAAAGUUGUAGGGAUUGUCAAAACCCGUUGUAUAGACGAGGUUGCGUCUUCCCUUGGGACAUCAUCCAU